AACUAGAAAAGUGGCAUUGAGUCCAACAGUGUUCUCAUUUUUUCUUCUUCUUCUUCUCUCAAAAUAAAAGUGUGUUUGUGUGGAACUAAUAUUUGUUUCAGUUCUUAAAGAAUUAAUUAAAGAAAAAAAAAUAGGUCUGGCCGGGUUAAGGAUAUUGUUGAGUCGAUUAGGAGGAAGGUGUCGUAGGAAGAAAAUUAAGAUAAAAUUAAAAGUGAUGGAUGAUUGGUGGCAUAAAAUGGUGUUUCCUGUAAGGCGUGUUUGGUUUGCUGUUUCUGCUCGUGUUAAAGCUCGCAAAAAUGGUGGUGGGCUUUUGAAGCUUCAUGAUGAUAUACAAACCUGUGGAUACGAGGAUGUUCAAGUUAUGUGGGAAAUGCUUAGGAAAACCGAGUCAGAAGUGACAUCUCGGCACCAUGAACGCAAGCGCAGACCAUUGUGGAGGAUAUUUGUAUGGUCCACUCAUAGUUCAAACUCAUCCUUCUCCUCAGAGCAUGCUCAUCAAUAGACAACAACUUGCUACAUCUUCAACAACAAUAAUAAGUGUCUGAAGAGUUGACACAUGUAUGGCAACGUCCAUUUCUUGAGCCCCGCAGGGUAGUAUUAAUUACAUGAUAUGGUACAAAGCUAUUGUAUGUCCAUAUCAGCAUAGGAUGAAGUAUAUCUAUUAUACCUCUAUAGCUUAGCAUGACCCUAAUGAGACUUACCUAUGAUGGUGUCAGUUUGUAAAUAUACCAUCUUUGUGAAGAGCCCUAUGAUCAUGUUUCAGCAUUAAAGAGAAAAAAAGAACUGUGAAGAGCUAAAUUUUCCUCUCUGAGGUUAAAUUAUGCUAUUAUGCUUACA